UUAAGCAUCUCUCUUGACAAUAUUUUCCUGUGUAUAUAUAACCAAUAUAUUCAAUCUCUUUUGUACCAACAAAUACAACAAGAAGAGAGCUUAAACAAGAGAUUACAAAUUCCAAUAUUAGCAAAAAGAAAGGUAAGGAACACAGAAAAAUGGAUUCAAAAGGAGCAGCAGCUGCUCAAGUGUAUGAAGAUUUUGUGCCAACUACAGAGUUGGUUCAAGAGCAAGACUCUGACACUCUUCUCCUUAAUCUCACAGGUUUCAAAAAGGAACAAGUGAGGGUUCAACUGACCAAAUCAGGAAUUUUGAAGAUCAGUGGACAAAGGCCAGUUGGACAGAACAAAUGGCUUCGUUUCCAGAAGGACUUCCCUGUUUCAGAAAAUUGUGACAAAACCAAAAUCAGUGCAAAGUUUGAAAAUGGCAUUCUUUAUGUUAAACAACCAAAACUGAUAACUUCAGCAGAAAAAAAGGAUAAGGAAUUGCCAACCCCUGAUACUCAACAGCCCAAGAAACCAGCAGAUCAUGAACAACAGGCUCAGAAGAAAGACGAAGAACAAGCGAAAAGCCAAGAAUUGGCUAAUGCUGACAACGCCCCGGCCAAAGAACCAGAAAAAGAAGAACCAAAGCCUAAAACGAAUGAACAAACAACAGAAGCUAAAGAUCUGCCCGGAAAAGCUCCUGCUGAGAAAAGUAAAAAUGUUGAAGAUGGAAACAAACCAAGUUAUGACAGUAAACUUGAAAAUGAUGCAAACAUGGGAACUGGAGUUGCUCUAGCUGAGAAGCUGAAGAUGCCAAGGAAAGUGAUGAACAUGACUCUGAUUGCUCUUUUGGUUCUUGGAAUUGGCCUUUAUAUCAGCAAUAUGAUGAAGUCUAACAAUUACCAACCUGAAGAAUGAAGCUUUAUAUCGAUCAAAAUUAGAAAGUUGGGAUAUUUGCAUUCGUCCCAACUUUGCAUGUGAAUGUACAACUCACUGACUAUUCCCUUUUUCUUAUUGCUGAAUUGUGUACUGAAAAAUAUUCAUACGAAUAAAACAUGACUUUUACUUAA